UGGUGCCGGGAGGGAUGGGUUAUGGUGGUAAUGGAGGUGGUAAGUGGUGGUGGUGGUGGUGGUGGGUGUCGGGGCUGACACCGUUCUCACGCUGCCGUCAGUUUUUCCCACGUGGUGUUGUGCGCGGCGGCCGCCAGGGCGCAGCACGGCUCGCCGCCGCUGCCACCCCAGCAGACCCAGCGCCCGCCGCCCAGCGGUUAGUCCCUUCCUCGUCCCCGUCGUGUGCGCCGCCAGCCCGCCACUCGCUGCGCCACACAUGUGCCCCGUCUGAGCCGAGGUAUCCCGCGCGUCGUCCAGCCGCCCCGACCAUGAAGGUGGAACGCGCCAGCUCCGUGUGCUCCGAGGACGCGCCGUCCUCGCCGGACUCCGUCAUGUCCACGGGCGAGGCCGCCUCGCUGGAGUCCCCGCCCUCGCCGGGGCCCAUCACCAACCCCUACGACGACCAGCGGAUCUACUCCCCGGCCUACACCGCGCCCAGCCCGGCCUACAGCACCUCCAGCCGCGGUAGCAGCGCCAGCGAGGGCGAGAGCGCGGGCGAGGCCUCCCCCGCCUGCAGCCCGGGCUACCAGCGCUCCUCCUCGCCGGACUUCGGCUUCGAGUUUCCCCCGGAGUCCGGCUACCCCGGGGUGGAGCAGUUCGGGUGCCAGGCGGAGUUCGUGCGGGCCGUGCAGGAGGGCGACCCCCGCGAGCUGAAGCGCAUCCUGACGCGGUACUCGCAGCUCGUGCAGAUCAACGGCUUCACGGCGGACGGGCAGACGGCGCUGACGCAGUCGUGCCUGGACGGCAACCUGGAGGUGGUGAAGAUGCUGGUGGCGCACGGCGCGUCGUUGCACCUAACCAACAGGGACGGCUUCUCCCCGCUGCACCUGGCCUGCUGGCGCGGCAAGUACGACGUGAUGCAGUACCUGCUGCGCUACGCCUCCAGCAGACGGUAGUUGUUGUGAUAGCCCGCCCAGCAACCUGUGCCAUGCGUGUGUCUGUAUGUGUGUGUGUACGCGCGGCCCGCCCGCCCUGUGCAAUACUGACGGUGGCGGCGGCCAGCACCGGGACGAUAUAUACACUCUGUGAUGUGGACGCCGUGUGCAAGACUGUCUCGACGUGCUGGCCGCCCGAGCCUGCCCUCCCCCCCUCACGCCCACGGCGCCGCCCCCCGCGCUCCCGCCCGUCCCGCCGCGGUCAAGUGGCGCGUCCCUCGACAGUUACCUCAGUAUUAUUCUCCAGAGCGAGGUGGCGGCCGACGGGUGAGUGGCGGGGCGGGGCGGCGGCCCGAGAUGUGCAAUACGUGAAGGACGUCGCCGCGUGAGUGAUGUCAGGCGGCGCAGACAAGUGUCGUAAACUGAACAGUGAAGAUUGUGAUACAGGGUGGCGGCCCCGGCGCGACCCAGCUGUGGCGGCGACCCCAGCCCCGCCCCGCCCCGCCCCGCCCGUCCUGCAGCAGGAGGCCAGCCUGCCGAAGACUCGCCACAAAAAAAGCACGCUCGCAAAAACUCCCGCCUCUCACGACGCUGCGAGCCACAAAAACACGCCCGGAGCAGAUUGGACCCCGACAGUAGCAACAGCAACAGCAGCGUGAAGGAGUCAUCAGCAUGCAGCAGCUCACCCCGCGCCACAUUCCCCGGCAGGAUAGGACACCACGGAGGGACGACAGGAUAGCAAGACGCCUCCUCCUCCUCCUCCUCCUCAUCGUCCUCGUCUUCCCUUCCCAGCCACCGUGCCCCUUGCCCUCCCCCCUUCACCCCACCCCCCGCGAUCCUCCCCAAGCGUCCUGGCUUGGGCGAGUGAUACCUAAGAGAGGGACACAUAAGGGUCACACACACACACACACACACACACACACACAUACAGAGUUCCCUGCCUCCUUCCCUCCUUCCUUGCCUCUUCCAUGCCCCGUGUGUGUGUGUGUGUGUGUGUGUAAGUCUAAGCGGUUGAUAGCUUAUUGGUUUAAGCUCUCCGCUACCGCAAGUAAGGCAGACCCCAUCUCUCUCUCUCUCUCUCUCUCUCCACAACACAGCCUCCCCGUCUCGUCCCGUCACCCGCUUACCCCCCUACCCCCUCCCCCUCCUCCAGUCAACAGGUGGUGGUGGUGGUGGUGGCGAGCCGUGGGAAAGCCAGCGGUUGUGGUGGUGGUGGCGCGUUGGAGCGAAUCUCUACCGUCCCACCACCACCACUCAUGCCCUCCCUACCCCUCCCUUACCCGCCAUCCUCCUCCUCCUCCUCUGUCUCCUUCUCUUACCUCCCUCUCCCCCUCUCUCCCUCCCUCUCUCUUCGGCCCAGCCCGUAAGAAGACCCCCCACCACACACACACACACACACACAUCCUUCUCCUUCCCAUGAUAUCCUACACACGGAGUUUAAAUGAGGGAAGGAUAUUGUGGGAGCUUAUAACUGAAUUCUGGGCAGUUACGGCAGAAGAUGAAGAGGAAGAAGAGGAGGAGGAAGAAGAAGAGGAGGCAGGCGGUGUGUGUGUGUGUGUGUGUGGACGGUUCCUCAAGACGAUUUUUUUGUGUAACGUAAAAAGGACGAUGUGAGAACUUGUGUGUGUGUGUGUGUAUGUACGUGAUACUGACAUUCCUCUGUGUACGUAAGUAUGUGUAUAUGUGUGUACAUGGAAUCAAGCAAGAACGGACCCAAAAUAACGUACAUAACGAACUUUGGAAGAACUGAACUGCCUGUGUAUGUAUGUAUGUAUGUGUGUGUGUGUCCCUCAGCCUGUUCGUUCGUAUACAUGUCCCCUGCCCCCCCCAUCCCCCAACGUCCCUCCUACCCCCCUCCCCCUCCGCCCCCCGCCACAGUGAUACGCCCACUCCCCACCUCCCUUCCAAUGUGCCUUGAGAACUAUAGCCUAAGUUUGUUGUCUGUUGAGAUAUUGUCACGAUUUUAAUUCAUUUGUUUUUUUGUGAGUGUGGUAUGGGGUGCAGGAGUCGCCCCCCCCUCUUCCCCCACUCCCUGUGCUGCCCCUCCCUCCCCACUCCCUGUUCUGCCCCCUUAUCUCUUGUAUCCUCCUAUUUCUCCAUUUUUUAAUCCAUCCAUUCCCUUAUUCCCAUCCCUCCCAUUCCCCCAUUUGUAUUAUUAUUAUUAUUAUUAUUAUUAUUAUUAUUAUUUGACUUCAGAUAUCGAUCCUAUAUUUCUGUAAUACAGUUAUAUUUUUGUA